GACCAGGGUGUGAGCUCACACUUGAAACACGUUGGCAGCACCGCCAAAUGAUUGGUUGAGAAAGCAGCAGCAAGGAGGAACGGGCCUGAAAAAAUCGUAAAAACUACGAAAACUUACAAGUGCGGGGUUAGAGCGGAAAGCUGUUGCACGGCGUACAAUUUGGAAACUCUGGACAAACACUUCCACGGCCAGGAUCAAGAGAUUGCAGCAGCAGCGCUCCGACAACUGGUGGUGUAAGCAUAAUAGAUAAAAUCCAGCCGAUCGAACACCUACGACCGCCAAAGGAAGCGCCGCCCACGCCACCAGCAGCAUCGGCCAGCGCCAAAAACAGCAGCAGCAACAACAACAACGUAGUGGUAGUAACCUUUGAGCGCUCGCAGUAGUAAACAAAAGGCAACUAACAAAACAAACUUGGAAACAUGGAUGUAUUCCUGAUGAUCAGAAGGCAGAAGACGACGAUUUUCACGGAUGCCAAGGAGAACACAACCGUUGCCGAGCUGAAGCGUAUGAUUGAAGGCAUUCUGAAAGUACAAGUCGUCGAUCAGCGGUUAUACAAUCAGGACAACGACAUCAUGGAGGAUGACAGCACGUUGCAGGACUACGGUGUGACAGUCUCCACGGCGAAGGCACAGUCGCCGGCGCAGCUGGGCUUGACAUUCAGAAAUGAUAUGGGCGACUUUGAGACACUGGAUAUGACGCCAUACUCAGCACCGCCCGACUUACCCGAAGUGAUGAAAAACCAAGAGGCCUCAAACGGACAGGAGGCAGUUGCAUAAAUUAGAAUCCAAAACCAUAAUUAAACAUCCAUCAUGAGUAGCAGCAGCAGCAGCGGCAGCGGCAGCAGCAGUAACAGGCAGACAUUGAGAGCAGCUAAACCCGUUCCCCCCAUCUGCUAUCCGUUGCUUGCGAGGGAUAAAACUUAGUUGACGCCAUACGACAAAAUAAAUUGGGGGAUUUACUAGCAGAUCUACGCUGUUGCUCUCGCUUGUCCCAUACAAAAAUAUACAAAAACAAAACAAAAAACAACCGAAGAGUCAACGCUCGAUGCAAUGCAAAAUGUUUCGAAUUGUACUACGAUUUUUACUCUCUCUCCUUCCCCCCUCUCUCUCUUUCUCUGCCUGAACAAAUAACUAAACUAAAAACCGCAUUAAUAACAACAACACAAAACAGCCUGCAACCUGCAGCAACAAUAGCUAAAUAUGCAUUUUUUGUUCGUUUCUUAGCGAGAAACAAAUUUGAUUUGAAUACAAAAUUAUUGUACUUUGGA